UUGGUGAAGUAAUAUUGAGUGCGUACGCAUAUAUAAUUUAUUUAUAGGCUUCUAAUUAUUUAUAUUAUUCUGUUUGCUGUGGAGUUUAUGGGUCGUCGCUUGCUCUAGUUUAUUAGAACCACAUGAACUCUAUCGAACCCGAGUGCCCCGGUGUUGAUAACGAGUUCGACUUUGUUUAAUGGCAUCAAUACACUUGUUGUGGGAACGUUCGCAAUUCUGACAUCUUGUAUUUCCUUUCUUUUAAUGUAACUGGAGCAUUAAAUAUAGGUUCCUAUGCACUGCCGCUAAGUAAACGCCGUUGACUUUGCGCGUUUCGAUGAUCCUCCCCGUUUACAGCAGCUAGCUAACGGUAGUUCCGAGCUAACCCGUUUUCAUCUUUAGCUAACUGAGCUAACUCUGUUUUUAUUCUCAACCUUGAUACUAUUGCUUUUCGGAGGCCGUCACGAUGGAAGACGAUGCGUUCACUGACAUCAGUGGCAAAUCCAUAUCUUUGAACUGUCAGACCCACUCAAGCCUCUGCAGGGAGUUCAUAGUCAGCUCCCCCAAAGUGUCCAUCGGCAAAGUGAUGGUGUUCACCUGCUCCGUUUGGCUCCUGGCAUACGCUGUGUUCUUCUUCACAGAGAACACCGCUGUUCUGUCCAGUGCUAUAAUCAUCACCCUGGUCGGUAUGAUGCUGCACAUCCACUUUGUGAAGGUGGACCAUGAGUCCUUACUCGUCAUUGGAUCUUUAGGCAUCCAGGUGUCCUCCAGCUACGCCUCAGGCCGCGAAACGACCACUUUCAUUGAGAUCAGCAAGAUCAAGGAUAUUGUUAUUAAUGAAGCAAUAUAUAUGCAACAAAUCAUCUACUACCUUUGUGUACUGUUGAAGGACCCCUCAGAACCCAAUGCAGUGUCCAGUGUUGUGCCGUUGUUUCAGAGUUCAAAGCCCAGGCUCAAUUGCUUGGUGAAGGUUUACAAAAGCUGUCAGGAGAUUCUUUCGAAGUGCUGAUGACGCACAAGCAUUUCUGGUUGUACAGCAUGCCUUUAAUAUUUUUUUUUCUUUAGUCUUAGUUUUGUUUUUAGUGAAUAAAAGUAGAACACCAUUGGUUUUGUGUAUCUUUAAUUUAGUUAAAUUUAAUUUAAUUUAAUAUAAUUAAAUGUUCAGUGUAUUUUAUAGUCAUAUACUGAUUUGAUUUUGUUAAUGCUUGUGUAGUUAAGAACCAAUUAUUUUCCCUGUAUUAAUUUAUUAUGCCAAUUUCUGUAUUGUACACAAUUUUCAUAUACAAGUAUUUUCACACUCUUCCAAUUAAAAUGUAUGAUGAACUGAAUCAUUAGCUGAACAGCUCAUCAUUUGAAAAGGGGCAUGGAACCAAUCUGUGUGACAAGUGGGGUUCUGGUCAGGGUUUGAGGAGCUUUACUUUACUUCCCCAGUAGGGGGCAGUAGUAGGCUAAACUCAUGUACAGCAGGCAGAAGAAAACCAAAUUAAACUCUUCUUAUUGUGUAUUUAGAUGAUACAAGAGCUGAUCAGCCAUUUCACUUUAGUCUUUGUCCACUGUUAAAUAGGAAACAUUCAGAAUUGAGCUUUUUAAGACACUAUGAAUGAUUUUUAUAGUGUAAUUAUAUUAUGUCAGAUGUGUUGUAUAUAUUUUUAAAAUAUUAACGCCUUCUUCCUCAAAUAUGUUUUCACUUCCUCAUAACUACACCUUCACCCUAAAGACAGUUGUCCAUGGAGAUAUUGCAAGACCUGUUAAGAGAACUAUUACUUGAGAUAAACUCAGAUCAAAUGACAGUGAGGAGGAUCAGUUUCACAAUACACAGAAAUGCAAAUGUUGACCUUUAGGAAUAAUGAAAAGUCAGGAAUUGUUAGCAAACUAUUGAAAUUGUGAUGCUGGAUAAAUAUCUUCUAGAUUUAAUUUCAUAUAGAUCAGUGUUUAAUUAAUGUCCAUAUAUAUAUAUAUAUAUAUAUAUAUAUAUAUAUAUAUAUAUAUAUAUAUAUAUGUAUAUAUAAAAUGUGUCAAUAUGAUUAAAAAGACAGACAAUAAGAGCUUAGCAGAAGUAAUUCAAGUGUAUGUGUAAACAGCAGUACUGUAUGUGCAGGCAAAUGAAAAAACAAAAGUGAGAGUAUGUGUUCAGUAUUUUCCACCAAGAUGAUAAAGUUCUUCAGAACA